AUGGAAGACAUACAACUAGAAACUAGCUCAGCGUCGUCGCAACUCGUUGCAAGUUCGAGCCCUUCUACUCCCAAUCCCCCUCAGAAAAAGCGUAGGCGCACAAAUUCUUUGAAUUCUCUGAAUGCCGUGUCUACUCAGAACAGCAAGCGUCAGGAGUUGGUCGAUAACACGAAUGAAGACCAUCUACAGAACGCGAACUUUUCGGCACUCCAGCCUCCGCCUUGGCAGGACACGAUCGAAAAGGCCGUUACUGCCAUAGUGUCUAUUAGAUUCAGCCAGGUUGCUGCAUUUGACACCGAGGGUCCAGAGACAUCAGAAGCAUCCGGAUUCAUUGUUGAUGCUAAAAGAGGAUUAAUAUUAACCAACAGACACGUUGCAUGUGCAGGUCCAUUUGUCGGUGAAGCCGUGUGUCAUGACCAUGAAGAGAUCUCCGUGUAUCCCGUUUAUAGAGAUCCUGUACACGAUUUUGGCUUUCUCAAAUUCGAUCCGAAUGAAAUAAAGUAUAUGCCAAUAAACGAAAUUCCUCUCGCUCCGUAUCUCACAAAAGUAGGACUUGACAUUCGAGUCGUUGGCAAUGACGCUGGGGAGAAGCUUUCUAUACUAGCUGGAUCAAUAUCCCGUCUUGAUCGCAACGCGCCGGAAUAUGGCGAUUUGACAUAUAACGAUUUUAAGCAAGCGGCGUCUAGUACGAGUGGCGGGAGUUCAGGAAGUCCCGUAAUUGAUAUUCAUGGAAAUGCUGUUGCGUUGCAGGCAGGUGGCCACACAAAGGCAGCAACAGAUUUCUUUUUACCAUUAGAUCGCGUAGCACGUGCUUUGGUUCAUUUACAACGAGGAGAGAAAGUACCAAGGGGAACUAUCCAAGUCCAAUUUCUCCACAAGCCAUUUGAUGAAACACGUCGCUUAGGUUUACGAACAGAGACCGAAUCAUAUAUCCGCAAAUUAUUCCCGGGAGAAAUCGGCAUGCUAGUUGCCGAAACAGUUGUUCCAGGUGGACCUGCUUCAAAAUUCAUGGAGGAAGGGGACAUUCUAAUCAGCAUCAACGGAGAAUACAUUACAAAAUUUGUCCCACUAAGUCAAAUCUUAGAUUCAAAUGUCGAAAAUGAAAUCACAAUCUGCAUUGAGCGAGGCGGAGUUUCUCUCGAAUGCCGCGUUUGUGUACAAGAUUUACAUUCCAUAACGCCCGAUAGAUAUGUUGAAAUAGGUGGCGCAAAAUUGAAUGAAUUAUCUUACCAACUAGCUAGAUCAUAUUGUGUUCCUGUUGGUGGAGUGUAUGUUGCUGAACCGGCGGGCAUGUUUCGUCUUGAUGGCCCGGAUCAUGGUUGGAUUAUUGCGUCUGUGGAUAAUAAGCCUACGCCUAAUUUAGAGACAUUUAUUGAAGUUAUGAAGGAAAUACCAGAUAGAGAAAGGAUACCUAUUGUCUACUAUUCGAUUGCCGAUGUGCAUACCACCAGUGUUGCCGUUGUCCAAGUAGAAAGACAUUGGUCAAGGUUUAGGUUGGCUGUUAGGAAUGAUACAACGGGUCUCUGGGAUUUCACAGAUUUGGGUCCACCAAAGCCGCCAAAGCUUUUAAAGCCCGCCACUGCAAGGUUUAUUGAAUUCGAUGAAUCUAUGGGUGCAGCUAAAGAUCUCAUUGCUUCUUUGGUGAAAGUUAGCUAUUAUAUGCCAUGCCGUAUUGAUGGAUUUCCUAAGAGUAGGAAACAAGGCGCGGGAGUAGUAGUAGAUGCCAAGAAAGGUUUAGUGGUGGUCUCUCGUUCCGUCAUUCCUUUCACAAUGGGCGACUUAUCAAUUACCUUCGCCGAUUCCAUCAUCAUCCCUGGACGUGUGGAAUAUCUUCACCCGACACAUAAUUUUGCCUUUGUCUCAUACGAUCCCAAGCUAAUUGGUGAUACACCAGUGAAAAGUGCAGUUUUGAGUGAUAGAGUAUUGACACGAGGACAUAAGGUUAUGCUAGUAGCAUUUAAUCACAAUCAUAGAAUUGUGUGUUCGGAUACUGUUGUCACGGACGUUACGAACGCAAUAACGGUUGAUACGCCUUUAGCCCAACAAUGUUCAUCAGGCGUUCUAGCUGAUCCAUCAGGUGCUGUAUCAGCUCUUUGGCUUUCUUACCUGGGCGAACGCAACGUAUCCGGUCAUGACAACGAAUAUCACCUUGGAUUGCACAUCCAUACGAUUUUGCCGGUCCUUGAGCCUCUGCGCCGAGGCGAGUCUCCAAUGUUACGCUCGCUAAACAUCGAACUUACACCUGUCCAAAUUGCUCAAGCUCGCCACAUGGGGUUGACAGAAGAGUGGGUAAGGAAGGUGGAAGAUUCUAAUCCGAGCAGGCAUCAGCUGUUUUUGAUUAGGAGGACAGAAACAGGGAGUAAGAGUGCGAGAGUGUUGAAGGAAUUGGAUUUGAUAUUGGCCGUCAACGGACGGACUAUUACACGCAUGUAUGAGAUGGAUGUGCAAUAUUACGAAGAAGAAUUGGAUAUUACCGUGUUGCGACAAGAAAAAGAACUGACUUUAAAAGUCUCUACAGAAUUAACAUCUGGCACUGGUACUAGCCGUAUUGUCAUCUGGGCGGGGGCUGCCAUUCAAGAGCCUCAUAAAGCGGUUCUUCAACAGUCAAAGACACUUCCGUCAAGAGUUUACAUUUCAGCUCGAAGCAAAGGCUCGCCCGCGUACAUGUAUGGGAUAGUCCCGACUAUGUGGAUUACACAUAUAAAUGGCAUUCCGACACCAGAUCUUGACUCUUUCGUAUCCGUCGUGCGUAAAUGCCCUGAUAACUCGUACGUAAGAGUAAAGACUAUAAGUUUUGACAUGAUACCGAUGGUGUUGGCAGUCAAGACAUGUUAUCAUUAUUGGCCAACAGUUGAGAUGGUUUAUGAUUCCGAGACGAAGGAGUGGAAUAAGAUUGAAUAUGCAGAUUGA